CAGGAACUUUAUUACGGCUACCGUGCAAAGUUUUUGACUAUUGUGUACUGGAUAGCAGCAACAUAUGUUUUAGCUGAUGUAUAUUCGGCUCAAUUGACCAGCCAGUUUGCACGACCCGCCCGUGAACCACCCAUCAACACGCUACAGCACCUGCAGGCAGCCAUGAUCCACGACGGUUAUCAGCUGUAUGUGGAAAAGGAAAGCAGCUCCUUGGAGAUGCUGGAGAAUGGGACUGAACUCUUUCAACAACUUAACGUCCUGAUGCGGCAGCAGCAGACCGAUGGCCAUCAGACAUUUUUUAUUGACUCGGUGGAAGCUGGCAUCCAAAUGAUCGCCGGUGGUAGCGACUCCAAAGUAGUUCUGGGUGGACGUGAAACUCUUUAUUUUAACAUUCAGCAAUAUGGAGCAUAUAACUUUCAGCUCAGUCAAAAACUGUACACUCGGUACUCGGCGGUGGCCGUACAAAUCGGUUGCCCUUUCCUUGACAGUCUGAACAAUGUCCUAAUGCACUUGUUUGAAGGAGGAAUCCUUGAAAAGAUGACCACCGCCGAAUACGCAACACAGGCCCGCAAGAUUUCCAAGAUGGUCCCUCAGGAUUAUAAAGAGGUUACAAAAAAUGAUAAGCGCAGCGCGAAUAUGAAAAACAGCCGUCCCCAAAGACGCGACAGCGAAGAUAUCAGCCCCCUAAACUUGGGUAUGCUACAGGGCGCUUUUAUCGCAUUAUGUGUAGGCGCACUAGCUGCAGGUGUCAUUCUUCUGCUUGAACUAAUUUUUAAUCAACUUGUUCGUGAUCAGAAUCAAUUAUGGCGUCUUUAA